AUGAAGGACAAAAUAUUAAUGAACAAAAUUGCUCUUCCACUGGAGGACUUUAUCUCAAUCUUUGGCGUGGACAUAGACAAUGACCUUAGAUUUAAAAGACACGUCACUAGGAUCUACAAAACAGUUCCUUUGAAGGGAAUUCUCACGCUAUACAAGUCCCAGAUCAGACCACAUCAAGAAUAUGCCUCUUUGCCCUGGUCUUCUACUGCGCUCACCAGCCUCAACAGGAUGGAUAAGAUAGAAAAACGAGCUCUAAGGCUUAUCCAAGAAGCUAACAAUUCUUGCCACAUCGACUCGCUGGAACAUCGUCGCGACGUCGAGGCUCUCACGGUGCUCCACAAGGCUCAGGUGCAGCAGGUGCCUCAUCUAUCCAGCCUCCGUCUCCCACCGCACGGCCGAGAGAGAAGUACGAGGACGGUACACUCUAGUCGGCUCCUGGUGGAGGUUCCGAGGUCGAGGUCUAGCCAGCAUCAGCGGACCUUCUCAGUCAGAGCAGCACGACUGUGGAAUGAAGUCACAUCCACCACCGACGUCGCCGAAAUGACCACACAGCAAGUCAAGACAACGGAGCACCGAUGGCGGUCGAGCACAUCUCGCGAGGGCGGCGGACGCGGCCUCGCUACGGGCCUGGUAUCUUAA